UGGGGAAGUUGUUACGGAGAUUGAUCGCGUGCGUAGUAGCAACUGCCUGUAUCGGCGUUGACUCCAGCAGCCGCCUUCGUGCCCAAGCACAAGUGGAAGUACUGCCUGACCCACGGACGAAAACCUCUGAUGGCCGGUCCCAGUCCAACAGGCAAGACAAGUAUCCCCCCCCUGUCGAUUAUAUCUGGCGAGAAUAGAGCUCUCCAGCAUGCACCCGAUGAGGCAAACUCCAUUGAGCCCAUCGCGAAACCGUUCGUGCAGGACCCAGGCGCCAACCAACACUUCCUUAUUGGGAAAGCGGACGGGGUUGAGCUCGUCGUGAAGCUUUGUGUCCUCUGCGGCCAACUUCAAAAACCCCGUGCAACCACCAUCGUCCUGCACUGUGUCGAGUCCACUAUUUGUCCAUCCUUCUCCUCGCAGAGACAUGCCGCGUAA